AUGCCUCGCAGCGCGCGGGGACGGCCAGCGUCGUCCACCACCGCGCGUCCGUUCUCGCCUUCCCCACCACGGGACAACGUCCAUUCGUCAAGCCGUCCGCCCAGCCUGCUGUUCGGGGCAGCCCCAACGGGCGGUCUGGUCGUGUCCCCAGGUCUCAACCUCGCUGCUUUACCCCCCACCCCAACGUUUGGGUCGUCAAAGGGCAGCACAAUCUGGCCAAGCCUUGCCCACGAGCGAGACCCGAUGGACGACUGGGCCGAUAACAACCGUGGACGCCCCCAGAGGCAGUCGCCGUCGGGACACUCCACCGCGUUCUCGGACUGUCUCGUCCACGAGCUCGGCUGGAUCGACCAGAUUCUCGGCCAAUUCACGCCCCACGAGCAUCGUCCGCUCCAGGCCGGUGUCUCUCAACAACAACACGGCGCAGCGUAG